AUGCGCGCGGAGCAGAAGCGGCGGGGUCCCGCGUGCGCGGUGGCGCUGCUGCCCCACGCCAUCCUCAUCCUCUCCCUGGUCUGCUACGCGCUGCUGGGCGCCGCGGUCUUCCACGCCAUCGAGGGAAGAAGCAAUGGAAACGGGACGCGCGAGGGAUACCGGGAGUUCGUGAGAGCGGUGGUGGAGACGGUGCGCAACAACUCCGCUAAGCCUGAAGACGCUCUGCUGAACGACGUGGGCCAAGAUCUUGAGAGGAUCUUGAAUAGCUACAAGGCCGCAUGGUCUCAGAGGCCUGAAAGGUGGCACUUCUACGGCUCGCUCUUCUUCUGCUGCACGGUCUUCACCACUGUGGGUUAUGGAGAGAUCUACCCAGUGACUCUGACCGGCAAGGUGGCGUGCAUCCUCUAUGCCAUGGUGGGCAUCCCGCUCAUGCUGCUGGUCAUUUCGGACGUUGGUGACAUUCUGGCUAAGCUCUUCUUCAACAGCUACAAGAGCCUCCACUCCCGCUGCAAGCGCCUGCUCUUGCAUGUCUGGAGCCCCCGCAAGAAGCCUCGAGAGUUCGCCACCAUCCGUGACGGCACCUACAUCUUCAGCCGGGAUGUGGUGUCGCAGGAGGCGCCGGGCGACCGGCCGACAGCCAUCCACUUGUCCAUCAAGCAAAAGGCUAAGCAGGUCCUCGACAACGUGGAGAUCUUUGACCGCAUCAUUGCCAGAGAAAAGUUUGUAUGCAACUGGCCGUUGGCACGCUCAUGCUCCUGCCCCGAACUUAACCAAAUGCCCCCUCCGCCUGAAGACUUCAAGAUUUGGGACUUCACAUCCAUUGGCCAAGAAAUGGACCGCUUCAAAGUUCCCUUCCUGGUGAUUCUCUUGGUGGUCUUUGCCUACAUCCUGAGCUGUGCCCUAAUACUGCCACUGUGGGAAAGGGAGUUUUCUACAUUUGAUGCCUUUUACUUCUGCUUCAUCACUCUCACCACCAUCGGCUUCGGCGACAUUGUUCCCAAUCAUCCCAAGUUCUUCAUGCUCACCUUCCUCUUCAUCAUCAUGGGCAUGGCCAUCAUGAGCAUGGCCUUUAAGCUGGGUCAGUCACGCAUCGUUAGCUGCUACCACCGCUUUAUUCGCUGCUUUAGCUGCAUCGGUGUGGGGAAAUCAUGGAGUAUUUUGGAUCGAGUUAGUCUAGGUCUUCACUCCAAACCUGUUCACCUUCGGAGAACCUACCAGGAUCAUACUACUCCAGGCGACUUAGCUCUGAAAAUCCCUAGACCACACAAGCCCUUCCGCCGCAUCAAGGCCCCAAUCCAGGAAGGGCAGCGGGCAGGUAAGUGCAAACCCAGCCCUCGCUAUAAAUGUCCAUUUGAGGUCAGACUGCAAGCCAUCUGUGGGUCUGACUCGCCGAAUGUGAGGGGUCUGGAGGAAAGGGUCUCCUCAUCAUCCAGACAGUUCUUAGACAGCUUUGGGGUCCCGCUUACUUUGUCUCCACACCCACCCAAGCCUGUGCGCGCGCUGGAUGGCCAUGGCUUGGUGAAGCGUCUCCAGACUGGCCGUGCCCGCCGCUGUGUCCGUGCGCCAGGCUCUCCGCUCGCGCAGCUGUGUCUCUCGCGCUGA